GUUAGUUUUUGACAAAUCGAGACUAUUUAGAAGUGGAUAGACUUCUCUUUUAUAAGCAUUUAGAUAUAUCAAUAAAGGACAAAAGUAAAAGUAAAAUUAUGUACCGUCGUACCCCCAUCGCCGCCCGCAAGGCUGUGAGCAACUUCCUUCAGGAGCCCGGUCAAAAGCGCACUUUGGAACAGGCGAUGGCGUACUGCCAGCAGGUGAAUAUCGACAUGGCAAGUCAGCUCUCCUCGGAUUUUAUGCUUUUGCAGAAGAAGUUGUUUAAAUAUCGUGUCGUUCGUCUCGCAGAGGAGGUGCAAACAAUAUGGAAAAAACCUUUUACAGUCUUUUGGUCGAUUCCCACGAUUCUCGCGCAUUGUAUUAUUCUUCCCGUUGUUUACAUGAUGGGGAUUGUUGUAGGUCGCUCCUCGCGAAAGCCGUUAAUACCGCCCCCUGAGGUAGAAUCAAUCAUAUAAUUCAACAAGACAGCUGUAAAAAAAAGGGGGUGAAUUCUUGUUCGUAAAGCUUAAGGGGUGUGGGAGAAAAGGUGCGAUGCGUGCGCCAAUAAAACCCAUAUAGUUGAAACAGUAAGUGCGAUGACUGUAGGAGGUAAAAGAAAGUAGCUUCGAGCAUAUAUAUACACACAUAUGCAUGUGCUUAGUAUCAUUAUUUAUGUUAUUAUCAUUUCACGUUUUUGAAAAUACUGUUUUUUUUUAAACAAAAAAACGUGAGUGAGAAACAUGUGUAGAAUUCAAAUGGUGCUCCGUCCAUGUUCAGUAGAACUAUACCAGAGCUAGUGUUGGUGUAGAAACACAUUUGAUGGUUUUAAAACCAACAAACAAUUCAUCAGAAUAUUGUACAGAUGGGACAUUUUAGUAAAGUACCUUAAA